GCCGCCGCUGCCACCGCCGCCGCCGGGAAGGAGAAGGCAGCGAGCGAGCGAGCGGGCGGGCGAGGCGGGCAGCCCCGGGGCGAGCGGGCCAGCCGGAGCGCUGGCGAGCCGGGCGCGCCGAGGACGCGGGGCGGACGCGGUGGCCCCGUUUUUCAAGGAGAAGGACUCGGAAGACGGAGAGCGUGGAGAAGCUGAGGAGAAUUGGAUGCACCUCUUCAGCCAGAUCCUGCGAUUGAGGACAUCCAAGCGAUGGCUUCCCCCGUGCCCGCAGCCUGCUGUAUGGUGUUCGCCGCCAUGGUGAUAGUCUACGCUCAGAAGCACAGCCAGCAAGAGUCCCACGUCCAUUACGCGCAGUUGGGGACCGACGUGACGAUACCGUGUGGUUCAGUAGACCAGGAGACGCCCGUCACCUGGACGGCCAACAGCACUGAUCUGGAUGCUUCCCACCUGAGUGGCUCUCACCUUCUCCUUCGGAACGUGGAUCUCUCCCACAGUGGACAAUACUCCUGCUACGAGGGGCCUUCGUGGCAUCUCAGAGAUCGGGUCAACCUCAAAGUUGGAACACCCCCCCGGGAGCCCAGCCUGAUGUGCCGGUCCAACAACUACCCCAUCGGCUUCUACUGCAGCUGGCACCUGCCUAGCCCGACCUACAUUCCCGACACCUUCAACAUCACCGUCAUACACGACUCCCAGGAGAUUGCCUGUGAGAAGGACCCGGGGCCCAAGAACAGGUGCUACAUCCGCUACCCUCACCUCUUCUCCACCAAGAAGUACAAGGUGACCCUGACUGUCAUCAACGCCCUGGGCAGCAGCUCCACCGCCACUUCCUUCGAUGAGUUUGCAAUAGUAAAACCAGAUCCCCCCGAAAAUGUGAUUGCGAAACCAAUCCCCAACAAUGCCCGGAGGCUGCUGGUGACAUGGCAGUACCCUUCCUCCUGGCCGGAUCCGGACUCCUUCCCCCUCAAGUUCUUCUUGAGAUACCGACCGCUCAUCAUCGACCAGUGGCAGCACGUGGAGCUAUCCGAUGGGACCUCCCACAUCAUCACUGAUGCCUACGCAGGGAAAGAGUACAUCAUCCAGGUGGCCGCCAAGGACAACGAGAUCGGCACGUGGAGCGACUGGAGUGUAGCCGUCCACGCCACACCCUGGACUGAAGAGCCCAAGCAUCUCACCACCGAAGCCCAGGGAGCAGAGACUACCACCAGCAGCACCUCCACAUUCGAGGUGCCCCCCACCACCAGGAUCUAUGACUCAGAGGAACAAAGCAGCGAUGAAGCCGUGUCACCUUCUGUGGUCCCAGGUCUGGUCUCGGUGGCAUUUGCCCUUCUCUUAAUCUAGACGAGUCUUCGGAGAGCCAGGCGUCCCCGGAUCCCCCCCCCGCUCUCGCCCACCCACCACAACCUGCCCCGGAUGGAGCCAAGGACCUCUUUGCGCCAGACGAUGGCGGGUGGGACACGAGGAAGACGCCCUCCGGAGCACGCGAGGGAAGAGCCCCCGGGCGUUGGGCUCGGAUCAUACAGCUAAGCCACCAAGCCAAAGAUGCUUCCUUCGGCUGCCAAGCAGGACCCUCCAGCGUGUGGAUGGGGCAGCUCAGACCGGGGGCCCCGGGGGCCACACGGAGCUGGGAGCUCUCCGCUUUUCUGAACUGCGAGAGGAUGAAUCUCGGCCGAGCAAAACAAGGAAAUUGUGGGUAGGGAUGCCCGCCCCAGACCCCCUCUGGGAACCCCAAGACUUCCAUAUAACAGGUGGAGAGGGGGGGUCUUUUUCUGCCUGCACUGACAUCAUCGUCACCGGAAGAUAGGGGCUGUUCCUGGACCACCCCCGUCAUCUCCCGCUCUUUGUAACGGAGUCCGUUCAGUUUAUACAAGGAUCACUGGC